CUUAUUCGUAAAUAUCUCUAUUUUAGCUGUUUAGUUCAUUAGAUAUUCCUCCCAUCCCCCUGAGAAUUAUUUCGUUGUCACGAGGCCCGCAAGAGACUGCUUCAAACGCAACAACACUGCAUGAACCACUACUUUGUGCCAGAAGUCCAUCGUGAUAAUGCAUCCGGUUGCAAAUCAGCCAAAAUGAGUUAAAUGUUUGAGAGUGUUCUUCAAGCCGUCAUUUCACUUUGUAUUCGACAGCCCCACGAUGCCAAAAAAAAUUGUACUCGCAAGGAACAUCGGAAUAGAAGAUUUGAAAAGCAUCAGCAGAUUGAUAAAUGCUAUUAAAAACGAUAAAACUUGUGAUAUCAUACGCUUUGAAGAUCCAUCAUGCUAUAUAACUCUUCUUAAACAGAUGUUUUUCUUUCUUGGUGCGAAGAAAUACGAUGAGCACCGAAAUACGGCACUGUUAAGAACAUUUGAGACGUGCAAAACGAAUCUUGAUGAUGUUAAAUCAGAAAUGCUACGUUUUAUAAAUGAGAAGAAGGUGUUUUUCAUUCUGAAAGCAAUUUCAAAGAACGUACGCGACAAAAAGUACUUUUAUGAGAACUUGGCUCAGCACAAGAUUGACAUUCUAUCUAGUGUUGAGGAUGUGGCUGAGGUAGAAUUUUUACGCUCCAUAAAAUGGGCUGAGCUGGACUAUCUGUGCGUUAUGGACAGGUUGGUGCGAGAUGUUGAAUUUAUUGUGGACUUUAUCUGCAGUGAUGACGAAAAAGUGCAGGAAAAGGCGCUGAGCAUGUUAGCAGUACGUGUGAAGCACCGAAAAAACGAUUUUAAUAGGAAAUUUUGGUUAAAAAUUAAUAGAAAAGUGCUCAGAGUGCUUUACUCACGAGGUAACUUGGAUAAUAUCUGCCUUCUAGCCUUGGAAGCAUUGUGCUACAGGCAACUGUCUGAUGAGGACCAGGAGCGAACGCAAAAUUUGUUUCACCUAAACCCUUUGAAAUUCCUUACACGAAUUCCUUUGCAAUCCAAAAUAACCAAGGAGAUACUACUUGAGUUACUGAAAGUAAGGGAUUGGUCCGUGAAGACUUACGAUAACGCCACUAUAGAAAGCCUAAUUUACAGCAAUAUGAAUUUGUUGUGUGAAGAAGAUGUGUUUUAUAUCAUUGAAAUGCCUUUCACUGAAUACCUGAAAGACUUCUUUAUCCAAUUAAACAUCAUGAACUAUAAAAUAUUUGUAGGCUUAUGCAUACGGGUAGCGAAUGAAGCACAGUUCACCAAUUGUGCAUUUUACCUGGAAUGCAUGAGAAUGUACAAGAAAUGUGGGGUUAUGGACGAAUGGAGAAGCAAUAAAAAAAUGGAAAAGUUGCUGCUUAGGGCUUAUCCGCUAGUGAUGAGCGAUAGAGAAUGGUAUUUCCGAUUGUUAGAGAAAAUGGAGAAGGAGUGGAAAGGAGAGUGUAUGCUCAUAAGGAAGUACUUCAGACUCGAAUGAACAUAUCCGAGCAGGGUAACCGAGAACGCUGGUACAAAAAUUCAGGCAGCUUUAUUAUAGUGCAAACAAUCCGUGCUAUGCGCAGUCGAUAGACCUGCCAAAAACAAUCGGCUGCUGAUCAGCAUUGAAUACAGGCGCUAUGGAUUUCAAUUUUCAUUUAAAUUUUCAUUUUUUAGCCAUAGAACUUUGUUUAAGCAAAAUACGUUAUUUGAUGUUGGUACUCAAAGAUAAAAAUUUCAACUAAAAUACCAUAAUUUUCGACAAAUAUACUGUUUUGGUUAUGUCUCUCAUGCGAUCCCACAGU